AUGAAUCGUGAUUCACGGCUAUUUUAUGGAUUUAUGGAAGUCAACAUCGAAAUACUCUUCAAACGAACGUGGCCAGGUACUGACUUUGCUGUAGAAAAAACAGGAAACAUGUAUGCAAUAGUGUUUAUGAUGGCUGUGGUUGGAGCAAUGGGAGAGACUGGAGAGACCUGUAGAUCACCAUUGCUACCAGACCUUGCACCGCUGUUAAGGGAGAAGACCUGGCUGUUUGCUUUGGAGGGUAGCUGGCAGCCGUACUCCUAUCUAGAUCAGGUGUCUGGACAAGCACGUGGCUUUUUGUACGAUCUCAUAUACGAGGCAUGUUUGAGAUGCGACAUGAAAUGCAAGACUGUCUUUAUUGGUGAUAACCUUCAGACCUGCCUCAACAAUAUUAAUCUAACUGCAGAAGGAUUAUUCAACGACUAUUUCGAUGGCUGCGUAGGAUGGGCACCAACUGCAUUCCGCAAGAACAUACUUGCUUUCUCCGCUCCUAUCCUAAAGUCCCCAAUGGCAAGGCUGUAUACACGUGAAACGACAAAACUAACCACACCAGAGGAAGUAGUCGCUGGCAAGAUCGUUGGUUUCCGUUCAUACGUCCACCUGGACGAGCUGUGCCUACGUGCCAAUUUGCUUCCCAACUUGAGAGACCAGGAUAUCAGGCAUCUUGCCUUUACUAUGGGAUGGGAAGAACUUAUUAGACAGCUUGAGGUGAAAGAGAUAGACCUUGCCGUCUUGCCUGAUGGCUAUCCAGGAACCGAUGAUUUCGUAGCCAUUGGUGGACCAUUUUCUUGUGCAGAUGGACCGUAUUCAAUUAUGCACAAAAAGAGUAAAGACCUUUCUUGGUUCGGAAAGUGUGUCCAGGACCUCAACGAGGUCGGCCGUUAUCGCACGUUGUGUACAAACUAUGAUAUCAAGACUUGUCUAACAACUAACGACCUAAUGACAAGCAGAGUAGCACCAUAGGCAUGUUGACAAUUGCAAAAUCUCAAAUUGGACAGUGAAAAGAUAAACCAUUAUACUAUUAUAACAUGUUGAUGAAUAAUAUAUUUUUGAUAAAACAUAGAGAAUUGUUAUUUUAAAA